GAUCAACCGCUGAAAAUGAAACAUGGCACGCUCUCUCUCCCUCUCACUCUGGAGCGAGGUGCGAUGUCUUUAAAAACGGCAUGUUCGCCAUGCAGUUGGAUCCCCCCGGUGCUGCUCCAACAUAUUGGACAUGGGGACCGACAUUGCAGGACGAGACGUCUGGAUGCAGCUGAUUCGAUAGAGGCGUCGAAAUGGGAAAUAGCUGCAACAGUAACACGCACAGUGUCUCCUGUGGGGGUCAAUGUAUGCGGAAUCUGGAGCGGAACAAGGGGUGUUUACCCUGGCGCCACCGCCAAGAGGGGUGCUCUCUGCUGGACGGAACACCUCCCCGGCUGCAUCUCGAGCCAGUGCCGAGACGGCACAGCAAGAGAUAUUUGCUCUGCAACCUCUGCGACCCCGACACAGCGGCUGCCAGGUUACAUCGCUACCAUCAAACUAUGUCAACCACACCCAAUCACCCCAUGCUGUAUCUACAGAAGAGAAGUUCCUGCAGACCACCACCCUGGCCUCCAGAAAUACACUGGAAACACCGACGGACCUUUUGCGACCUGCAUAUUGUUCGCAGGGGAAUGCAGGACGCGAACUCGGCCGGGGAGGGUGGGCUACCAUUGGGAUUUCUAUUGCCUUCAGCCUGCAGUCAUCAGGAGCGGCCAUCAAUGCAGUCGACAUUCAAGCAAGGGCAAGGGCAGGCAGGGCCUGGUCGCGGUCUCUCUCUCUCAGACUCCCUCGCAACUUGGAUGACAGGGAGGGAGUGGGUGUUUCGAUGCAAGGGACACACUCUCAGGAGGCAUCGAACCUUCUUCUCCGUCUCGGAUGUUCUUAUCAUGCUGUCCCACGGUUCCCACGCUGACCCCUGAGAUGACGAGAUGAUGCUUUGUGGUCGCGAGGCGGUUGACCGUUGUUGAUGGCUGUACCGUUGACCAGAGGCACCGAGAAGACAACGACGGUGUAACCUUGGGUGUUCUGGCAGCCCAUGGGGAUGUGAGGGGGUUUUUUCGAUUGACCUUUAAACAUAAUCGAUCUUGCUCCUCGAUGGGGAAUCUCACGGCUGAUCUCCCGUCGGACCCUUCACUUCUCGCUAUCCUCAUUCCAGCAGCUUGAGCUGCCGAUCAGUCUGCCUCACUUCGCCAGACUCCCCAAACUCCCCCCCGUUCCACUGUUCUUUCCCCCGUUCGUUCCCCAGCGUCAUUGAGAAAAGCAACCGCCGUCAAGUAGACACUGGCUGUCGUACAAAAUGGUUUGGGUCGACAACGCAACACCGGAGGUGGACGCCAUUUCCCAGUGGAGGACCAUCGUCACCAUCUGCGCCGUCCUCUCGUUUUUCUCCGUCGUUAUUGUCUCAGCCCGGUUAUGGAUUCGCGACAGAAACCAUGGCCUCGCCGCUGAUGACUGGAUGUCAGCCAUUUCCAUGGUGUUUGGACUGCUUUAUUCGAUCCUCUGCAUCAUCCAAACGAAAUAUGGCCUCGGGCUACCGAUCGCUCUUCGCCCCAAAGAGAACCUGCUUCCCUACAGCCGCAGCAACUUUGCUGGUCGCCCCAUCUAUCAGAUGGGCAUCAGCUUCUUCAAAGUGGCCUUGUUGAUCAGUUAUCUCCGACUUUUCAAAGGCACAAACCACCUCUGGUACCGAAGGGUUGUCUGGAUCGCCAUGUUCUUUGUCGUGGCCGGCCACUUGGGAUGCUCGCUCACGCUGAUCUUUGCAUGCAACCCCGUUCACAGAUCAUGGGAUCCCAGGGUCGACGGAAAAUGCCUGGCACCAGGACCGUCAUUCACAGCCUAUGCCAUCGUCACGAUUAUUUCUGAUGUCAUCGUCGCCAUCAUUCCUAUCCCUGUGCUCCUCCAGCUCAAGGUCAGCAGGGGCAAGAAAAUCGGUCUCAUCGUCAUCUUCUUGCUCGGCCUCUUUACCACGCUUUGCUCUGUCUUCCGGUACAUGCAAAUCGACAAUAUCCAAAACGGCGAUGGUAAUUCUACCAUGCUCAUCGUCUGGGGGGUCAUUGAGUUCAACGUGGGCAACAUGGUUUCUUCUCUCCCUUUCUUGGCGCCUAUCUUCCUCCGAAAGGCCAAGGAGUACACCAGCAAGUACUCUGGCAGUGGCAAUGGUUACCCCAGCGCCGGGGGCAGCAAUGGCCGCAAGUUGGGCGGCGGCAAGUCUGGCAGCGAUGCCUACAAACUCAGCAACAUUUCGAGUGGGUUGGGUCGCAAGGGCACUUUCAUCUCAUCCAAAGGACAUCCCGGUCAUAGUAUGGGCAGCGAGGAGAACAUCCUUAAGGACAGCCCCGAUGGAUCCAUCAUGAAGAGUGUCACCUACAGUGUCCAUGUCGAUGAGAGUGAGCGACGCCCUCAACGUGGGGACAGAGACUAAUUUGGGAUAUUCGAGCUUUGGUGGAGUCACAACCAUCAACUAGAUCUUGAUGAGGCUGAGACGACGCGGGAUAUGGUUGGAAAACUAGGUAGGCGUCAGGGAGCGAAACCUUUGCUUCUGGGAACUUUUGGACAUGACUUUUGGGACUGCGGAUACCAGAAAAAACAGACUUGUAUUUUUUAUUCGACUUAUGAGCGAUGUAUUUUUACACAACCAAGAUAUGGCACAGGGCUCAGAAAGAGACCCUUUACACAUCGAUCAAUGACAACUUCAAAUUAUGACUUUGUAUCCUGGACCGACCAUAACCGGGUUUCACAUGCCACGCGCGUUUUUCAAA